UUAAAAGACUAGUACUUCACGCUAUACGCGUCGUACACAGAAAGUUCGUUCUAUUGUGUCAUCGAUUUGUAUUAAACAUGCAACCGCAGGAAAGAAAAAAAGGGGUCAUUCUAUUUUAGGCGCAUCCGGUGAAGGCAGCUCUACCCCCACGGGUGGGGUCUUCUGUCAUUUAAAACCAAAGAAGCGGAUGAGUUAUGUUGAUCACAUAAGAAGGAACGUAAUACAACCAUGGCACGACCUAUUGUACCUAGUCAACAAAAGUUGGCUGAGAAGCUGACUAUUUUAAAUGAUAGAGGUAUUGGAAUGUUAACCCGCAUUUACAAUAUAAAGAAAGCGUGUGGUGAUGCAAAGUCAAAACCUGGUUUCCUCUCCGAUAAAAGUUUAGAGUCCUCUAUCAAGACAAUUGUUAGGAAGUUUCCCAAUAUCGAUGUUAAAGGAUUACAGACGAUUACGAAUCUUCGUAAUGAGAUUAUAAAAUCUCUGUCAUUGUACUAUUACACGUUUGUGGAUUUGCUCGAUUUCAAAGACAAUGUCUGCGAACUUUUAACUACGAUGGAUGCCUGCGGUGUUCACAUGGAUAUCACGAUAAAUUUUGAUUUAACGAAAGGUUAUUUGGAUCUUGUUGUCACUUAUGUCAGUUUGAUGAUACUUUUGUCGCAAGUGGAAGAUCGUAAAGCAGUUCUAGGUUUAUUUAAUGCAGCCCAUGAAAUGGUACACAGCCAAUCUGAUCCUAGUUUUCCACGAUUGGGUCAAAUGAUUAUGGAUUAUGAUGCGCCACUAAAAAAGCUUUCAGAAGAAUUUGUACCUCAUUCAAAAUUGCUGAAAAAUGCUCUUACUUCUUUAUGGCCUAUUUAUCCUGGAAGAAAUUUAUCGGCAGACACAUGGAGGGCAGAUCAAAAGCUCAGCCUUGUUGGAAGUCCUGGACAAAUACUUAAAGCAGCAGCAACAGACACUAUGUCCUGUGAAACUUUAAGUUUAGACAGAAUAGAAAGAUGGGUUAUUUUAGGCUUCACGUUAUGUCAUACAUUUUUAAACCAGGAACAGCCUAGUAAACUCUGGACCACAGCUUUAGAAUCAGGCUGGGUUCUGGCCUUAUUCAGAGACGAAGUAAUUUACAUACAUCAGUACAUACAGACAUUUUUUGAAAGUAUAAAAGGAUACAGCAAAAGAGUAUCCGAAGUGAAGGAAUGUUAUAAUCAGGCAGUACAAAAGGCUGGUUACAGACACAGGGAAAGAAGAAAAUUUUUGAGGACAGCUUUGAAAGAGUUAGGUUUAAUUUUAACCGACCAACCUGGUCUUUUGGGACCAAAAGCUCUAUUAGUGUUGAUGGGACUUUCUCAUGCAAGAGAUGAAGUUCUGUGGCUUUUGCGACAUGGCGUGAAUCCACCUACACAGGGAAAAGGUAAAGGAAGGGGAGGAGAAGAUUUGGUGGAUCGUCAGUUGCCAGAAUUAUUGUUUCACUGUGAAGAGUUAAGAGCUUUAGUAAAGAAAUAUUCUCAAGUACUUCAGAGGUACUAUGUACAAUUCUUGUCAGGAUUUGAUGCCCCUGCUUUAGAUCAAAUGAUACAAAAUUUACCAGUUUGCCCUGAAGAUGAAGGGGCAAUACUUAGUGAUAUGUGUUCUAAGAUAGCUAGUCUAACAGUAAAACAAGUGGAAGAUAAUGAAUUGUUUGAUUUCCGUGCUUUCCGAUUGGACUGGUUCAGAUUACAAGCAUAUAUGUCCAUAGCAAAAUGUAACAUGAAUUUGGCUGAUAAUCGGGAAUUAGCGUCUUUCAUGGAUACUGUAGUAUUUCAUACCAAAAUGGUAGAUAAUUUGGAUGAAAUGUUAGUGGAAACAUCUGAUCUAUCAAUCUUCUGCUUUUAUAGUAAAGUAUUUGAAGAUCAAUUUCACAUGUGCUUAGAAUUCCCUGCUCAAAACAGAUAUAUCAUUGCAUUCCCUUUAAUAUGUAGUCACUUCCAAAGCUGUACACAUGAACUUUGUCCAGAAGAACGUCACCAUAUUCGAGAAAGAAGUUUAUCCGUUGUGAACAUGUUCUUGGAUGAAAUGGCCAAAGAAGCUAAAAACAUUAUCACAACUAUAUGUGAUGAACAAUGUAACAUGAGCGACAAACUGCUACCAAAGCAUUGUGCUGUACUGAUCUCUCAAGUUGUUAAUCGAAAGAAGAAAGAUAAAAAUAAGAAGAACAUGUAUGAAAUCCAUAAACCUGGUAUAGAAAGUUACAGGAAAACCAGAGAAGAGCUUACUACUAUGGAUAAACUUCACAUGGCAUUAACAGAAUUAUGUUACGCCAUUAAUUACUGUCCCACUAUCAAUGUGUGGGAGUAUACCUUUGCGCCAAGGGAAUAUUUGCAUCAGCAUUUAGAAUCAAGAUUUGCCAGAGCACUUGUUGGUAUGGUCAUGUACAAUCCAGAUACUAGUGAGAUAGCUAAACCAUCUGAACUCUUCGUUAGCGUUAGAUCUUACAUGAACGUUCUUCAGACAGUGGAAAAUUAUGUGCAUAUAGAUAUUACACGCGUAUUUAAUAACGCUCUGCUUCAGCAAACUCAGGAGUUAGACAACCACGGUGAUAAAACCAUUGCUGCCCUGUACACGCAAUGGUACUCUGACGUUCUGCUGAGACGUGUCAGCGCUGGCAAUAUAUGUUAUUCCAGUAAUCAAAGAGCAUUCGUUAGUUUAUCAGUAGAGGGUGCAAUACCCUUCAACGCCGAGGAAUUUUCAGACAUUAACGAGCUGAGAGCGUUGGCCGAGCUUAUUGGUCCAUACGGUAUGAAGAUGUUGAACGAAAAUUUAAUGUGGCACAUAGCGAGUCAGGUACAGCAACUGAAGAAGCUGGUUGCCGGAAACAAGGAUGUUCUCAUUGCUCUGAGAACAAACUUUGACAAACCAGAAGUAAUGAAGGAGCAGUUCAAGAAGCUGCAACAGGUAGACAACGUGUUGCAACGAGUUACGAUUAUAGGUGUAAUUUUAAGUUUCAGACAGUUGGCACAGUCUGCGUUGGUCGACGUCCUGGAAGAACGUAUACCAUUUCUUCUGAGCUCCAUUUUGGAUUUCCGUCAUCAUUUACCAUCGGGUGAUCCCAUGCGCGUCGUUUCGGAGAUGACGUCAGCUGCAGGUCUAACCUGCAAAGUUGACCCUACGUUAACAGCCGCAUUAAGGAGUCAGAAAUCAGAAGUAGACGAAGACGAGCAUCUGCUGGUUUGCUUAUUGAUGGUCUUCGUGGCCGUUUCGAUUCCUAAAUUGGCUCGAAACGAGAACUCCUUUUACCGAGCGUCUUUGGAGGGCCACUCGAAUAACAUACACUGUAUGGCUACAGCGAUAAAUAAUAUAUUCGGUGCAUUGUUUACUAUAUGUGGACAGAAUGACAUAGAGGAUAGGAUGAAAGAGUUUCUUGCUCUGGCGUCGUCCAGCUUGCUCAGACUCGGUCAGGAAGCUGACAAAGAGGCGAUCAAGAACAGGGAGUCUGUGUAUCUGUUGUUAGAUCAAAUUGUUCAAGAAUCACCGUUCUUAACCAUGGAUCUGUUGGAGAGUUGCUUCCCUUAUGCGUUGAUACGCAAUGCAUAUCAUGAUGUAUACAAGCUUGAACACUCGCAGCCGUAAAUUAUUAACAAAGUGGAUGCGUAUUCUUAACUUGCCACUCAGGGCCAUUUUUUUACGUCCAGUUUUAUGGAGUCGAAAGCAUUUUUAUUAAAAGAAAGGAAGCUAUGAAAGUGGCAAAAUAUUCUUGUUUAAUAUAUACCGAGUAAGAUUUGUUUUCUAUGCUGCUUAAAACAAAUUUGAACGAUGUCGAGGUGUAAGUCCGUUUCGGGAUGUUAUUUAAGUCCGGAAGGAAUGGAAAGUUUGCGCUAAUUUAUUUGAAACAAUGCAUUUUGUAUAGAAACAGUACCUUGUAUUUCAUAUUUGAUACCUGGCUUAGGAUAUUCUAUGACUUACUAUAUAAUACAAUUUUUCUUUCUCAGUAUUCUAUUAUACACGAUCCGUACGUAAGAGAACGACGUUUUGUAUUAACAUUUUCAAUUGUAAAAUGCUGUCUGUCUUCGAAUCGAAAUACGUAUCUUAAAAUAGGUAUCGCCUCGAUCUGCUACAUUUUCUAAUGUACAAUUGUAACUUUUACAAUAGUUUAUAAAAUAAAUAAAAUUAUCUAUAAAACUUUCGUUUA